AUGCGGCCGUGGUUUCAGUACGGCGCGGCGCCGAUGGUGAACCAGUCGGACGUCGCGUUCCGGCUGACGGCCGUGCAGUACGGCGCCACGGCGACGUGGACAGAGACGUGGGAGGGACUCGUGCGUGCGCUCGAAAUUGGGCGCGCCGCGCCCGAGAACCGCGACGUGGUCUCGGGCGAGCCUGCGCGGCAGAUUGUGCAGCUCGCGGGCGACGAUGGCGUGGCGCUUGCCGCGGCGGCUAGGCGCCUCGCGCCGUACGCGGACGGAUUCGACGUCAACCUCGGGUGUCCCCAGCGCCGCGCACAGGAGGGACACUACGGGGGCUACCUGUUAGGGCAGCGGGACUGGCCGCUGGUCGAGAGUAUCACCUCGGCGCUCGUUCAUAGCACGCCGCUCCCGGUCUCGGUCAAGCUGCGGCUGUGCGACUAUGCCGCGGAUACGCCCGCGCUGGCCGUCCGGCUUGCGCGCGCCGGCGCAGCGGUCGUCACGCUGCAUGCGCGGCACGUCGCGCCGAACCGGCGGCGCGCCAACGCCGCGAAGCUCACUUACGUCUACGACGUGCGCACGGCCCUCCUCGACGCAGGGCUGCAUGCGUCACAGCCCGGCGGCCACUGCCAUGUGCUGAGCAACGGAAACGUGCGCGGCUGGGCGGAUGUCGUGGCGAACCUGGGCGCGACGCACGCCGACGGCGUCAUGGUCGGCGAGCCGCUGCUCGAGCAGCCGCACCUCUUUGCGCCGUCGGUCCAAAAAAAAGCCACUGCACUCGACGCGCUGGACACCUAUCUUGGCCUGUGCGAGGCCUACCCCCACGACAGCUUGCCGAUGCAGCGCGUGCACCAGCAUGUACACUCCACGAUACCCUGCGCAGUGCGCCCGACGUCGCGACGAUGA